AUGCGACUACACAAGACGCACGAUUUACCGCCCAACAGAAGGUACAUUCUUGGCUAUCACCCGCAUGGAAUCAUAUCACACGGCGCGUGGUGUGCCUUUGCGACCAAUGCGCUUGGCUUUGCGGACAAGUUCCCUGGCAUCACUAACAGUCUUCUCACACUCGACUCCAACUUCCGCCUCCCCUUUUACCGCGACUGGAUACUGGCUAUGGGUAUACGAUCUGUUUCUAAGGGCUCGAUCCGCAACACUCUAUCCCAGGGAGGGCCCAAUAACGACGGUCAAGGCCGCGCCGUCACCAUUGUCAUUGGCGGCGCCCGCGAGUCGCUCGAGGCUCAGCCCGGCACGCUGCGGCUUAUCCUCAAGGGCCGCAAGGGUUUCGUCAAAAUGGCGCUCCGCACUGGGGCAGACCUAGUGCCAGUCAUCGGGUUCGGCGAGAACGACCUGUACGACCAGCUAAGCCCCAAGACACACCCCAUGGUGCACAAGGUCCAGAUGUUCGUCCUCAAGGUGUUCAAGUUUACCAUUCCGGCGCUGCACGGCCGAGGCCUGCUCAACUACGAUGUUGGCUUGAUGCCGUACAGGCGGCAGGUGAAUAUUGUCGUGGGCAAGCCGAUUGAAGUCGACGAGUCAUACGGGGCCCAGCCGCCGCAAGAGGUGAUUGACCGCUAUCACGACUUGUACGUUGACGAGGUGGAGCGGCUCUUUGAGGCGUACAAGGAUCAGUUCUCGAACGGCCCAGCACCAGAGCUUCAAAUUAUCUCCUAA